AUGCAGAUGUUUGAUCUGUUCAAUCAGAUCCGCGGGCUUUUUGAGUUCAACAAUGUCCGUUGCAUUGUCCGGGACAAGAAGUUCAUGGAGUACGACUACUGCUUCUUAAAGUCCGUCAACCGCACCUACAAGUACAUGUCCUUGAAGACCAAAAUCCACCGACUACCCAUUGAGGAUUGUGUGACUAUGGUCCAGAUCCGACUGCGGGAGAACCGACGGAUUCUAUACAACUUCGAUGUGAAACUGGAUGGUUGCAAGUUCCUGCGCGACCGAAGCAAUGUCGUGGCCAACUGGCUGUAUCAGAUCUUCGAGCCCUUCUCGAACAUGAACCACACCUGCCCCUAUAACCACGACAUCGUUUUGGAGAAAGUGCCGGUACAGUAUGUGAACAAGCUCAUCCAGACGGUCAUUCCCGACGGCAGAUACUACAUAAACUCCACCUGGAUCGUUGGAGGCGUCACUCGAACCGAUUUCCUCAUCUACUUUACCAAGGCCUAG